UCCUCCCUGAAUCUUUGCUUCCUGCCCUCUUUUUUUUUGCGCUUAUUUUCGCCCAUAACCUCAGUUAUUUGAAGUAAGCCUACUUCGAGCUUCAUCGCCUUUUGUUUUAUUUGCUAUUUUUAUAUAAUGAGGCUGCUUUCUGUAUAUUCACCCCAAAACACGUCUUUUUCCCCCGGGAUUGAAUCCUCUAACAACAGCCUACUGUUUGCUUGUUUGUUGCUUUCGGUGAAUAUGGACUAAUUGAAAAACCGUAUAAAUGCACCCGCCCGUCGAGGGGAUAUCCUGCAUUUGUUAUCGAAGAGGUGUGUGUGCCCUGGGUGCAGCCUGGCCUGUGCUGUAGUGGCGAUGAAGAACCCAGGAGCUGUGGAGAGCCGGCGGCUUGUUGGCCUGCUGGAGGCCGCUCUGGUGAGGGAGGCUCGUCUCUGGAAGGUACCUGUCAUCAAGAAUGGAUGCAUCCAGGGCGCUGACAUCUCUUCAUCCCAAUAUCAAGAAAUGAUCUUCUGGCUCGGAGAGAUGAACCGGCUGUUCCAGUUCUGUCCGGAAACGUUUGCACUGGGAGUCUGUGUUCUCAACCGGCUGCUGUCCACUGUCAAGGCUCAACCAAAAUACCUGAGAUGCAUUGCUUUUACCUCAUUGAUCCUGGCUGCCAAAAUCAACGAGGAAGAUGAGGUGAUAGGUUCUGUUCGAGACCUGGUUGUGCAGAGCGGAUGCAACUUUUCAACAGCGGAGAUUCUUCGCAUGGAGAGGAUCAUUCUAGACAAGCUGCACUGGGACUUGUACACGGCAACGCCAGUCGACUUCAUUCACAUAGUAAGUUAGCAGAUAGACGGGCAAAAGUUUUUUUUUUAGUUUUUUUUUUAAGUGGACCUGAGCUGUCGGAGCAUCUCAUAAGUGAGCUGGCUGGACUUUGAAUGCUUCGUCAACUUCGGUCCUGGUCUUGCCUUAAAAACACAGCAGUACAAAAGCACACAUGAAACCAUCAUGCUUGCAUCAUGUUUGCUUCAAGAUGGAGUUUUACAAACCUUCACGCACCCCCGCCCCCUCAGUAAAGAUAAAGAAUUGGUCCUAGCAGAGAUUGUGCAUUUAUUUGAUUUCACUCAUUGUGCCCAUUAUUAUUAUAAACUCCUGGUUGGAGUGUGUCCUCCCCUUUUUUUUUAAUCAUCACUGUAGCUGAAAAAGGUCAAAUAAAACCAUGCCUCUCGCUAAUGCAAAUAAUACAAAUCAAGGAGUCUGAUUAGACGAUAUGUUAGACAUUUACAUUUGGUUUUACAAUACAUCAGAAUAAAAUAAGACUCAAAUAUAAUUAAAUAUUGGUUAAUAAUAAUAAUGAUAUAUAUAAUCUGUAACUGCCUGACCUCAUCUAUGAUAAACACACUGGUUUCUAUUGUUUUAAAUAUCUAAUCUGACAGAUGUAAUAAAUCACUGUGCUUAAAAACACUGCUUUAGUGUCACAGCAGGGUUUAAAUGCUAAGUAAACGCCUAUUUCCACUCUAUUUAAAGAUUUCCAUUGUCGUCCAUCUGCAGCUUCAGUGCAAAAUUGACGAUUUUGGACAAAGCCAAAUUACUGGAAUCUACAUGUGGACAAAAAGCGACCGAAAACACAUUUCGGCACGAGGUCUGAAUAGAGCUGUACAUUUUACAUAAGACUGCAAGCAAAAUAACAGGCAUGUUACAUAUCAGGCCAAGGCACUUCUGACUAAUUGUUACCCUGCUGCCACCAGAGUGUGGAGAUAUAAGAUCCUUUUUUACGCUAACCAAACCUCAAGAGACAGAAAUGUAGACGGUUUGGGUCUUUAGUGAAUCUAUUACAUGCUGUGAAUUGUUGUCGGUUGCUAAUGUCGAAGCAGGUUUUUCAUUGGUUUAAAAAAAACAUGUUGUGUUACUGAGUUUAUGGCACAAUAUUGUUUAACAGCUUUGAUCUGUUCACAGUAGUUUAAUUGUUAAACCCUCACAAAGUAUUGACUGAGGCAGUAGACAC